AUGAAAGUCUUAAUCGUAUUUGCUCACCCAGAAAAAAGAUCCUUCAAUGGGUCCUUAUUAGACGAAACUGUCAAAUAUUUAACCGAAAAAGGUGAUCAAGUCAAAGUUUCCGAUUUGUAUAGGAUGAAUUGGAAAACCACCCUCGACGAAAAUGAUUUUCCAAGUUUUGAAAAGGGAACCAGAUUAUACCCUGUUCUUCAAUCUGCAAAAAGCUCUUACUCGGAGGAAAAAUUUACCAAGGAUGUCAUGGAAGAACAAGAAAAAAUGAAAUGGGCUGAUUUGAUUAUUUUGCAAUUCCCCUUCUGGUGGUUUUCCGUUCCUGCAAUCUUGAAAGGUUGGGUUGAUAGGGUCUUCACUUACAACUUUGCCUAUGGUCUUGGUGAAUAUGAUGAAACUCAUUUUGGAGAACGUUAUGGUGAAGGUGCAAUGGUUGGAAAGAAGGGAAUGUUGAUGGUAACUGCUGGCGGUCAUCCGGAAAUUUUUAGUAAGAGAGGUAUUGAUGGUCCAAUUGAUGACUUACUUUUCCCCAUUAAUCAUGGUUUAUUCUUCUACAUGGGAAUGGACGUCUUGCCAUCAUUUGUCAACUAUCAAAUUGAAUCUGCAGAUGAGAAAAGAUUCCAGGAAGUGUUGGGAAACUUGAAGAAAAUCUUGGAUAAUAUUGACACCAUUAAACCAAUUAAUUACAGAAAGCAAAAUUUCGGUGAUUACGUUAUUCCCGCUGCUACUUUAAAGGAAGGGUUAGAAUUACCUGGGGAGACUGGUUAUGACAUGCAUAUCCUCAAAGAUUAA